CUGACUUACUGAAAGAUUGAUCGCACAGCUGGGGUGGAGGUUACAACAAGCUAGUUAAAAUCACAAUGGGCGUUGUUGUGUCGUCCCCAGUUCACCCAUCUGAAAACGUACUCGUCGAUCUUGACGUUGCACUGGGAAAGGACCAAACAAUCGAGGACAACAGAAAGGAAACCAUAGGUGUACUGAGACGUUUGCCCAAACUCAAGAAUGUUACCGAGAGGGAUGUGGUGGACACUUGCGUCCUUCUUCAAGAGGCAAAAGAAAAGAAGGUUCAAGUAGCGCAAGGAACAGACUCUAUCGCCACCAGAUUGACGCAGAAAGAGAUAGAUGACCAGAUACGUAUUUACAACACCGAGAGGGUGUGUGUAGUCAUUGAUCAUGGGAUCAGAAGACUCUAUGAGGACGACUCCUGGAUUACGGGACUAACAUCUGGAAAAAUAAAAAACGUGGAAGUGGGCACUCAUGAACUGAAUUUUGCUCAAGAAUACAUAUACGAAUUCCGGAAAAGGAGAGCUGAAAAGCAAGACAAGGUUAGGCCAAACCAAAGAUCUCAUUUCUACUGUUUUGGCAUAAUGUCCUGA